AUGGCCAUGCUGAAAACUAAAAGCAGAAACAAACUGGACAGCGAGCAUGACCUCCGAGUUGUCCUGUCAACCAUCACCCCAGACUUCCAUAAACAAACUGGGUACGGCCAUGCGGCCCCCAGCACGGAUGGAGGCAAGGUGUUCUGCAUGCUCUACGCCCUGCUGGGCAUCCCUCUCACCCUGGUCAUGUUCCAGAGCCUGGGCGAGCGCAUCAACACCCUGGUGCGCUACCUGCUGCACCGCCUGAAGAAGUGCCUUGGCAUGCGGCGCACUGAGGUCUCCAUGGUCAACAUGGUGGCCAUUGGCUUCAUCUCCUGCAUGAGCACGCUGUGCAUUGGAGCACUCUCCUUCUCCUACUUCGAGGGAUGGAGCUUCUUCCACGCCUACUACUACUGCUUCAUCACGCUCACCACUAUCGGCUUCGGGGAUUAUGUGGCACUGCAGAAGGAUCACGCUCUACAGACCAACCCCAAGUACGUGGCCUUCUGCUUCAUCUACAUUCUCACUGGCCUUACCGUGAUCGGAGCCUUCCUCAACCUUGUCGUGCUGCGCUUCAUGACCAUGAACGCAGAGGACGAGAAGCGGGACGCCGAGCAGCGCGCCCUCCUCUCCCGAAACGGCCAGGCCGGAGGGCACAACCACAUGCGCUGCACCCCCGACUUGCCCUCCUCCUCCUCUGCUGCCUCAGGGUGUGGUGGAGGAUCAGGGAACAGUGGUGUGGCGGGAGCAGGGAGGGGGCUGCGAAACGUCUAUGCGGAGGUGCUCCACUUCCAGUCCAUGUGCUCCUGCCUGUGGUACAAGAGUAGGGAGAAGCUGCAGUACUCUAUCCCCAUGAUCAUCCCCCGGGACCUGUCCACCUCGGACACAUACAUGGAGCAGGGGGAGGCCUUUUCCUCCGACCCCCUCCACCCGCUUCACUCCAACGGCUGCAUCUGCAGUAUGCACCAUCCCCACUCUGCCAUCAGCUCUGUGUCCACGGGCCUGCACAGUCUCACCCCAUACAGACUAGGACACAGCAAGCGGCGAAGCUCCAUAUAG